ACUUCCAUGUGAAUAUUUCAAUGACAUCAGUGGACAAAGUCUAGCUCUAGGAAGAACAAUGACUCUUUUGAGGUAGUCAAGAAAAAAGAAGAAGAAGAAGAAGAAAAAGAAGGGGAAAAACACCUUGUUUGAUCUAGAAUAGAUUGGCAGUGGGUUCUGCACAAAUAUUUGUGGAUUUGAAGGAAAGAUCUGGAAAUGUUACAGACACCUUGAAGAUGGACUCAUCGCCGGGUCAAAGAUUUACCGGAUCAGGUAGUUGAGUUCAUUACUGCACUGUAAAAGUCCUCUCGACCCCAGCAGGCGGGAUGGGCUGUCUGAAGUCCACGCUGAGCGGCGGCCUGGCGAGCGGUGUGGAGAGCAAAAUCAGACAGCAGGCCGAAAAACCGGAGCCGGCACACUACGUCAGAGACCCCACCUUCAACACCAACAAAAGUAACUCCCUGCUACCAGGUCAAGUGUUCCAGCAAAUGGAAGAGAAAGAAGCAACUUUCAAAGUGGUGAUUAGUCUUUAUCCUUACGAGGCGUUGCAUCGAGAAGAUUUAGGCUUCAAGAAAGGAGAGAAGAUGAAAAUCCUGGAAGAACAUGGCGAUUGGUGGAAAGCAAAGUCUCUAACGUCCAACAAAGAAGGAUUCAUCCCAUCCAAUUACGUUGCCCAAGUUGAUACCAUGGAAACGGAAGAGUGGUUUUUCAAGGACAUCACAAGGAAGGAUGCAGAGAGGCAGCUGCUGGCUCCCGCAAACAAACCAGGCUCUUAUCUUAUCAGGGAAAGCGAAACAUCCAAAGGCAAUUUCUCCUUGUCAGUCAGAGAUGUCGAUGCCCAGGGCAUGGAUUCGGUGAAACAUUAUAAAAUCAGGAAGUUGGACAACGGCGGCUUCUACGUCUCUCCCAAAAUUUCCUUCCCAGACAUCAGCAGCAUGCUCAAACAUUACCGCACCAAGUCAGAUGGUCUGUGCCGCAAACUGGACCGUCCGUGUGUGAAACCCAAAGCCCAGCGGCCGUGGGACAAGGACGCCUGGGAGGUUUCCAAAGACUCGAUAAAGUUUGUGAAGAAGCUGGGAGCUGGACAGUUUGGAGAAGUGUGGAUGGCUUACUACAACAACGCAACCAAAGUGGCCGUGAAGACCUUGAAGCCUGGCACCAUGACCGUCGAAGCGUUCAUGGAAGAAGCCAACGUGAUGAAGACUCUGCACCACGACAGACUGGUGCGGCUCUACGCCGUCGUCACCAAGACCGAGCCCAUCUACAUCAUCACUGAAUUCAUGGCAAACGGAAGUCUCCUGGACUUUUUAAAGAGUGACGCAGGAAGCAGACUGAAACUACCAAAGCUCAUAGAUUUCUCAGCGCAGAUUGCAGAGGGCAUGGCUUACAUAGAGAAGAAGAAUUACAUUCACAGAGACCUGAGGGCUGCUAACGUGCUCGUGUCCGAGAGCCUGCUUUGCAAAAUAGCCGACUUUGGCUUGGCGAGGGUCAUAGAGGACAACGAGUACUCCGCACGGGAAGGUGCCAAAUUUCCCAUCAAGUGGACCGCUCCAGAGGCCAUCAACUACGGCACCUUCACCAUCAAAUCAGACAUGUGGUCUUUCGGAGUGCUUCUCUAUGAGAUUAUCACAUAUGGAAAAAUCCCAUAUCCAGGGAUGACGAAGGGAGAGGUGAUGUCCUCCAUACAGCGCGGCUACAGGAUGCCCCAGCCCGAAAACUGUCCGUCUGAGCUGUACGAGAUUAUGAUUACCUGCUGGAAGGACAAGCCUGAAGACAGACCCACCUUUGACUACCUACAGAGCGUCCUGGACGACUAUUACACCGCGACAGAGGUUCAGUACCAAGAUCAGUUGUAGCGUCGCCGAGUCGGCAGGACAUCCCAUAAGGACAUUCAAGACAAUUAACAUCCACUCCACUGGUUGUGUGUGUGUGUAUGUUUUUUUUUUUUUAAACUUCUUUGCAGUUUUAUUGUAUAUAUCCCACAUGUUGAUGUCCACUGAAUAUUGAAGAUUUUAUAUAGUUUCAAAAACAAUCUCAAUGAAUGACGUUAUCUUUCAGGAUAUUCUGAACAAUAUGGAUUAAUUUUGUUUUUGCUUUUUUUUUAAUGGAUGUGAGCUGUAUUUAAAUGAGAUUGUAAUUGUACGUAUAUUUGAGAAAGAUGGUCUAAAUGUAAACGUUUUCAAAUGUGUAAUUUGGACUGACUAUGUGCAGAUGUAACGACGUUUUUUAUAUUAAACGUCAUAUUGGGUAUUGAAUGACUGUACAUUUUGUAUGAAAUAAAAAAAAAAUACACAUA